CCUGAAUGCCCCUGCUGUUCCAUUCCACACCUGCCCGCGCUGCUUCCCAGGCCUGUUCCAGAAAGAGGGGGCCAAAAGCAUCAGGGGUCUUCGGCCCCCAAACUGCACAGGAGCAGGGUUGAGCUCCUGCUGGUGACCUGCAGGUCUUAUCCCCCGCCCCUAUGACCAACAUGAGCUGGAGCUUCCUGACGCGGCUGCUGGAAGAGAUCCACAACCACUCCACGUUCGUGGGGAAGGUGUGGCUCACGGUGCUGGUGGUCUUCCGCAUCGUGCUCACCGCCGUGGGCGGCGAGUCCAUCUACUCCGACGAGCAGACCAAGUUCACGUGCAACACGCGGCAGCCAGGCUGCGACAACGUCUGCUACGACGCCUUUGCACCCCUGUCGCACGUGCGCUUCUGGGUCUUCCAGAUUGUGGUCAUCUCCACGCCCUCCGUCAUGUACCUGGGCUACGCUGUGCACCGCCUGGCCCGCGCCUCCCAGGAUGAGCGCCGUCGCUCUCGCCGCCGCCCCGGCCGCCGCGCAGCCCGCGCGCCCCUGCCGUUGCCCCCACCGCCGCACCCGGGCUGGCCCGAGCCCGCCGACCUGGGCGAGGAGGAACCCAUGCUGGGCCUGGGCGAAGAGGACGAAGACCCGGGAGUGGCCGAGGGCCUGGGUGAGGAGGACGAGGCCGAGGACACGGGGGCGGCCAAGGGCGCAGGAGGGGACGCCAAGGUGGCUGCGGCCCCAGGUCCCGCGGGCCAGCAUGACGGGCGGCGGCGCAUCCAGCGCGAGGGCCUGAUGCGCGUGUACGUGGCCCAGCUGGUGGCGCGGGCCGCCUUCGAGGUGGCCUUCCUGGUGGGACAGUACCUUCUGUACGGCUUCGAGGUGCGGCCCUUCUUCGCGUGUAGCCGCCAGCCCUGUCCCCACGUGGUUGACUGCUUCGUGUCACGGCCCACUGAGAAGACAGUCUUCCUGCUGGUCAUGUACGUGGUCAGCUGCCUCUGUCUGCUGCUCAACCUCUGUGAGAUGGCGCACCUGGGUCUCGGCAGCGCGCAAGACGCCGUGCGCGGCCGCCGCCCACUGCCCCACUCCCCCGGCGCCAUGCCCCGCCCGCCUCCCUGCGCUCUGCCCGCUGCGCCUUCAGGCCUGGCCUGUCCGCCUGACUAUAGCCUGGUGGUUCGCACGGCUGAGCGCGCACGCGCCCAGGACCAGGACCUGGCCAGCCUGGCCCUGCAGGCGCUGCAGGACCGGCGGGCACUCGGGGACCUCGACAGUCCACCCGGCCCGGGCCUCCCAGUGAACGCCCGGGGGCCCCCGAAGGCUGGCGCUCCUGCGUCGGGGUCGGGCAGUGCCACAUCAGGGGGCACUGUGGGGGGCCAGGGUCGGCAGGGGAUCAAACCCAGGAUGGGCUCAGAGAAGGGCAGUGGGAGCAGCAGCAGGGAGGGUAAGACCACCGUGUGGAUCUGAGGCCUCCCCUUGGCUGCUCUGCAUCUUCCCUCUCCCCAGGGCGGAGGCAGGGGGCUCUAGGGAGGGGCUGGACACCACCUAAGGUGCAGAGCACAACCUGCCCUCCUCUUCCUCAGCUGGCUGCUCACCCCCUCCGGAGGGGUACAGGGCACUGACCUUCUCUGCAUCAUCACCCUUCCCUGCCUGAGCCGUGUGUUCCUCCAGGGUAGGGUGGGCAGCCUGGGAACCAAGAAGGGUCCCCACCUCUGACCCAUAAGCCCUGAUGGGGGAUAGGACUGUGGCUGGGGCAUUGCCCGCCUCCCAGAGCCACCCAGCUGGCCCCCUCAGGACAAGGGGGCCCCCAGGCAGGAGCUCCACCCACUCCAGCCCUGCUUCCCUGCAGAAGCCAGGGCGUGACUGCCCAAGGGUGCCUGGCUUCCGUGUUGAGGGAUUCUGUGCUUAUUCCUACUCCCUGCCUAGCAAAUGGGGUUCUUUCCCUAGCACCCACACUCUUCUAGUCUAUGCUCUGGUUCUUGCAGAGCUAGAGGCAAUGCCAGGUCUUCCUGGCAUAGAAGGAAAAACAGUGAGCACGGUGGUCAGAGGCUGCAGCCAGUGCUGGUCGGCACUGCUUCAUGCCUCACGCCCACCAGGUCCCAAAUAUGAGCUGCCUUGAGUGCAGGUGGAACUGCACCCUGCUUCCUGCUUCCCGCCCAGACAGACCUGGGGCUAAGGCCUUGCAUGGGCUGGGGUGGAUGGGACCAUGCCCUCUCCAGCUCUGUGCUGGCCUGGCGUGGCCCCUUCCUUGGGCACAUACUUGAAAUUCCGAAAAGACACUGGCCUCCCUUGCCACUCAGACCAACAGGGUGGUGGUCAGGGGCUAUGACUUUGGCCAUGCUGAGGAAAGGGACUCUGAAGCUCCUGCCACAGCCUCUUCCCUCCAGCCCCCUCUCCAACUCAG